GAGUCCUGAUGAUCUCUCCAGGCACAUAAUUGCCCUGCAACAACGGGAGCUUAUUCUGAAAGAACAGAACUCUGCCAUCUCGAGCAGUGCCAGGUUGUUGGAGAGUGCACGGAGACAACUGCAAGAAGAGUUGCUGAAGGUUCAAAGCCAGCUCCUGGAAGAGAAGAAAAAACGAGACCAGCAGGAAACCAUGGUUAAGUGCUUACAGAAACACAUGCAGCUUCUCGUCAAGGCCCGUGAUGGAAUGAGAGCAAUUCUGGAAUUCUAUGACAGUGAGCUUAAUCCAUCGGAGCACUCUCCGCAACUAAACUUCCGUGUGCAGGAGGCUGAGGAGAUGGUGCAGAAGGUCGAAGCACAUUGUACUGAAAUGGAGGCUCAGUUAUCCCAGGCUUUGGAAGAAGCAGGGAAUCAGAAGAAAAGAGCAGACAUGCUGGAGGUAGAGCUGCAGAUGCUGAAGAGACAGGCAUCCACUGAAGAGCCCAGCAGGUUUCUCGCAAAAGAAGAGGUGGAUGCGCUGAGGUUAAAGAUUGAGGAACUGGAAUCUGAACGAAGCCGGUUAGAAGAAGGGAACAGAUCCCUGGAAGCAAAGCUGGAACAGAUUACUCUUCAGGGCUAUCAUGAUCCCAGUCGAACCAAAGUACUCCAUUUCACCAUGAACCCAGCCAGCCUGGCCAAGCAACAGCGCCUAGAAGAGAUGGCAAGUCUGCGGGAGGAAUGCGAGCACCUGCGCGAGAUGGUCAGAAUAUUGGAAGGAGGAGGUGUUGGCGGCGGCAGCAGCAGCAGCAGCAGCAGCAGCAGCAGCAGCAGCAGCAGCAGCACACUCUCAGGGAAAACAGAGGGAGUUGUAAAUCUCCAGUCCCCCCACGAAAUUGCUG